AUGCUAUUUUUCUCCAUCUUUCCCACUGUCUGUGACAGCCUUUAUACAGGACUUGCGGGUUCGCUCGUCUGCAACAAUGCUUCCGUGGGUAGCCCGUGUUUUCCGUUUCUCUCUGGUCCAGACAGAGGGGGCUCUGAACAGCCGAGUCGCCAUUCUUCCCUCGAUCCGGGGGCGGUAGCCUUCGAGACAGACGUCCUGUUAACUGAGUCUGCCUUCGACUGCGUCAAAUUGGCCUCAUCGCCCCAUCCCCAUUCCCAUUCCCAUCCUCAUCCCCAGCAGCAGCACCACCAGCAGCAUCAUCAUCAGCAACACCAACCCCAUUCCGCUGCUUCUUCCUCCCUUCACCACCACUCGAUUCAGCUCGAACUGGGCUCCUCGACUGGCCUGCGCACAAGUCCUGCAUCGGGUCUCAAACCAGUCGGCGCAUUGGACACUGGUCAGGAUGCCCCUGGCGACGCAUUCGGGCGCUCUCUUUUAACCGGACUCAUCUCGGCCGACCCGGUGUCCGUCAGUCUUCUGCCGGGCGGGCCGGUUGCCGGGUAUCCAUUUGCCACUUCCUCGUCAACAACCUCGUCGGCCUCAUCUUCGUCGUCUUCGCCUUCGUCCUCGCUCACCGCCGCCAAGCCGGUUAUGCCCGGUCUGCCUCUAGCUCUUUUGGGCGUCUCCAGCGGUACCGCCACAUCCGAGCUCCACAGCCCAAUGCAGCUGGACGCCUCGUUCGCCUACCAUCACGGUCGUCGGCUGUCGUCAAAUCGUCUGUCGUCUGGCCUGCCUACGACAAAUGCGGCUGCUGCUGCUGCGGCCGCGGCCGCAGCGGCUGCUGCAAUGGCGGCUGCUUUCACCGGCUCGCCCGCUGGCUCUGUCGAUUCUACAAACGCAUCGACAGCCCUCAACCACGGUUUUCGGCUCAGCCCGCCACUUGGGGAUGGCAUAUCCAGUUAG